UACAAAUAUGGCGGCUGCUACGGAAAGUUCGAGUGUCAUGGAAGUCGAAGAUACUGAAGGCGAUGAGCAAAAAGCAUAUCAUGAAGAGUUCAAGGAGAUCGAAGAAAUUCGGUCACUUAUCGAUGGGUUGAAGGAUGUUUAUGAUGACCUUAGAAGUUUAGAAAUGUCAUGUGAACGAUUUACUUGUAUCAUCGAUUCCUACCAAGAACAACCUCAUUUGAUUGAUCCUCAUCUUGAGUCACUCCUGCUGCAGCUGUUGAACCAAGCAAGGAACCCGGACACCCCUGUCCCUGUUGUCCACCUGGCCUUCAAGUAUAUCUAUCUCAUCACUAAGAUGCGAGGGUUUAAGAUUGUUGUCCGCCUCCUGCCCCAUGAAGUUGUUGAUGUUGAACCAGUGUUGGCACUUUUAAAACUACAGGACCCCCACGACUUUAAGAACUGGGAGUCUCGCUACAUCCUGGUGUUGUGGCUGGCAAUGGUGUGUAUGAUCCCGUUUGACAUGGUACGUCUUGAUGGCAGCAUGAAAACCGAAGCUGGAGAGAAAAAGCAACCGGUCAUGGAUCGAAUCAUUGAAGUUGGCAAGACAUACCUGAGUGUCAGCGGCAAGAGUCGGGAUGCGGCGGCGUUCCUCAUAUCGCGCUUCAUGACCAGACCAGAUGUUGUCAAGCACAAACUACCCGGGUUUCUGGACUGGUGUAUUCAGAUUCUCCAUACAGCUGAUCGUAAGACAAUGAUGGGCACGAACCUGUUGUCUGGUGUGUUGAUGACAAUGGCACUGCUCUUCAAACAGAGCAAGAGGGAGGAUCUGCUUCAAUAUGCUCCUACUGUGUUGACGAACGUCAGAGAGAGUAACAUGAUGGAAAGCGGGAACACCAUUCUGCGGAAGCUCACCGUUAAGCUCAUUCAGAGACUUGGGCUUACCUUCCUCAAGAACAGAGUCGCUGCAUGGAGAUAUCAGAGAGGCAGCAGGUCGCUGACAGAGAACCUGAAACAGACAAAACAAUCCAGUAACACUGAGAACAAACUUGAUCAAGAUAAUGAUGACGAUAUUGAGGUGCCUGAAGAAAUUGAAGAUGUCAUAGAGCAACUGUUGGGUGGUCUUCGGGACAAGGACACGAUCGUGAGGUGGUCAGCAGCUAAAGGUAUUGGGCGAGUGACAGGGCGUUUACCGAAGGAGCUUGCUGAUGAGGUGGUGGGAUCUGUGUUGGAGCUGUUCAGUCUGCAGGAAACGGAUGGAGCCUGGCAUGGAGGUUGUUUGGCACUGGCUGAGUUGGGGCGGAGAGGGCUCCUGGUGCCCCAGAGACUCCCUGACGUGGUACCUGUUGUGCUGAGAGCUCUAGCCUAUGAUGAGCGGCGUGGGAACUUCUCGGUGGGAGCACAUGUUCGUGAUGCUGCCUGCUAUGUCAACUGGGCAUUCGCUAGGGCUUACGAUCCUAAGGAAAUCAGUCCAUAUGUCAACAAAAUAGCAAAUGGUUUGUUGGUGGCGUCUGUGUUUGACCGGGAGGUUAAUGUCCGAAGAGCAGCAUCCGCUGCGUUCCAGGAAAAUGUCGGACGUCAGGGCACAUUUCCCCAUGGUAUUGACAUCCUGACAGCCGCUGACUACUUUACUGUUGGCAUGAGAACCUACUGCUACCAAGAACUCAGCGUGUACAUUGCACAGUUCAAGGAGUACAGCAAAUCAAUGAUAGACCACCUGGCUCAAGUCAAGUCUGCACACUGGGACAAUGCUAUACGAGAGCUGGCGUCCAAAUCCUUACACAACCUCACAGCAAAAGAACCAGAGUAUGUGGCCAAGACAGUUCUACCUGCCUUGAUAGAGAAUGCAACUGGAAUAGAUUUACAUCAAAGACAUGGAGCCAUCCUGGCUGCAGCGGAAGUGGCGCAUGCCCUUUCAAAGAUUGCACAAACACAGGGGAAGUGUGUAUCAGACUUGAUAGAUGCAGCAUCUACAGAAGGCCUGCGUAGUAUCGCCAAAAAGCUGCAAGAUUCCCAACUGUUCCGGGGUCUGGGAGGUGAACUCAUGAGGAAAGCAGUCUGCCAUCUCAUCCAGAAGCUCUCAGAAUCCAAGAUGCCAUAUCACGGAGAACCAAUAAUCGAUAUAUGGCAAGAAAUCCUAGACGACUGUCUCUUUCACGUCGAGCCUGAAAUCCAGCAAGCUUCCAUUGAGGCAGCCCCAGCUUUUUACACGGAGUACUGCCGAGAUGCUGAAGGCAAGCUUGACACCAAGAGACGAGAUGCUGUUGUGGAGAAGUACUUGAAAGAGCUGAAAUCAUCAAUUGAAAUAUCCAGGAUGGGACACAGUCUAGCACUAGGGGGCUUCCCCCAGUUCAUGUUGGAGGGGAAGCUGAUGGAAGUCCUCAUGGGGUUGGUGCAUGCGUCCACCAUCAAGGAGAAGUCGGUCCACAUGGCCGAGGCGCGCAGAGAUGCAGUGAAGGCCAUCACUAGCAUUGUGAAGACAGUGGGCGUGACCCUGACUGGGUCCCCAGGCUCCUGUAUCUGUGCUGACAACAUCUGUACAGUGUUUGACGCCCUGCUGGCCGCCAUGAAGGACUACACACUCGACUCCAGGGGAGAUGUCGGAUCCUGGGUGCGAGAGGCCAGUAUGAUGGGACUGGUGGGCCUCAUGUCACUGUCAGUCAAGGAGGACCCACAGCUCAUCACUCCAGAUGUAUGUGAGAGGGUGUUCUGCUGUCUCAUUCAGCAAGCCUGUGAGAAGAUUGACAGAACCAGAGCAGUGGCUGGCUCCGCCUUCAUCGAUCUGCUGUGUCACAAACCGCCCUUACCUCACAUUCCCCACAAAGAGAACCUGGAUAAUAUAUUUCAAAUGGCUAAUACAGACUAUCGAAAAGAGAUGGGGAAUCAAAUGAAGCUUGUGUGGGGUAAAAUGCUCACAGAUGAAGAAAAUCGUCAGUUCGGAAGUUUUGUCAACUGGGCAUCCCCUUUUGAGACAUUUCCCAGAUUUGUACAGCUGCUCGACCAACCAAAAUACCGCUACAGUGUGUUACUGGGGAUGGCUGUCAGCGUUGGCGGACUCACAGAGUCUUUGGUGAAGCACUCCAGCAGCUCCAUGUACAACUAUCUGAGGGGUCACAACUACGAGGGCGAACAAAUGGAGAAGUUUGUGCAGACUGUCGUGCAGAUCUUCAAGGACUUCCAGAAAGUGGACAGAGUGUCCGUGCCGCUGCUGAAGAUGAUUGACCAGAUGCUGUCUAAGGGCUGUUUCUCCUCCUUUACAAAGACAGAGGGACACCCGUUCCCUUCUGACAUGACAGAGCUGGUGAAGAAAGAAUUAGCUCGCAGCGGAGACCCCAACAAAUUGAUGGCAGGGGCUGAUGUGUACUGUGGGCUUCUGGAAUUCCCAGGAAAUACCCGGAAAAAUGUGCUGCUAAAUCUUGUCAUGCUCCUUUGUCACAGAUACCCGAGGGUACGGAAGUCGACAGCCAACAAGAUGUACGAGGCGUUAGUCACUUAUGACGACAUUGUGCCAGAGGAAAGCUUGGAUGAGGCUCUUGCUAUCCUUAGUGAUACAAACUGGGACAAUCCAGUGGAGGAGAUUCGACCAAUCAGAAACACAUUGUGUGAUCACUUGAACAUCGCAAAACCAAUCAUAAAAAAGACCCCAGGAAAACCAGAGGGGAGUCAAGGUGGGAACGUGUGAGUGGUAAAAAGAGAGGAAGUUGUCGAGAUGCAAGACAUCGGAAGAAAAAACGUCAAGCUUGUCUGUUACUGCCAGAUACUGGUUGUAUUUACUACUAAAUAUUUUCCUUUUACUUAUACCGCUCUGUGAUAAACAGUGAUAAAACUUGUAGCAUUGAAGUUCUCGUUUAGAGGUAACAGGGCUGUUGCUUAAGAGACUGGUAUCUCUUUAAACAUGUCAUAUUUUGUGUACCGGGUAUUUCUUUAUAUUUUUUGUGAUGAAACAAAAAUGAGCAAUUCAAGUUACUGGACACUUUUAUCAUGAAUCAGAUUUAAGUUUGGCAAAUGUGUUAACAUUAUCGGCAGCGACAGAGGUAUCAGGUUGAACAUUCCCUGAGGCACUGUGAGAUUAUCUCAGUUGUGUCAUGCCCGCCAUGUUUUACAACUUGUGCCGUUAAGCAUUGAAUAAAUUGUUGGCGGCAUUCCGCGAUGGUAGAUCAACAGGAUAUCUGUAAGGAUAUGCAAAAACGUUUUGAAGCUUGACUUUUGAUUCAUAUUAGAGGUUAAUAUGAGCAUAAUGAACCAGGUCCAGAUUGUACUGAUGUUUGAAAUUACAAGUCUCAGAUAUUUUGGUUUGGCUAAUUAUCAAUUACGAACAAAAUCAAGGUGUAACAUGGUGGUUUAAUGCUCUCAUUUUUUGUAUGAUAGAUUAUUGAGAGGCACAUCAUACUGGUGACAGCCCUAGGGUAAAAAUGAAUUCACAUUUAGAUCCAUAUCUUCACUACUUUCCUCCGAAUGAGUGUUUACUUCUGGGUUGCUUAAAUAUUGUUUUUUCAAGUGUCAUAGCCUUGACCUGUUUUAGGAUGAAAAUAGACUACAAAGUUAUAUUGUCCUUGAUAUUUUUUUAUCCUCAUAAUUUCUUUUUGAUCUUUGUAAACAAAUGUGUGUGCUAAUUAUAUGAACACUGCAUGUUUGUGUUUGUGCACAGUCAAGAUCUGUGUGCCAAAUAGCCUGUUGUUUAAUGUGCCCAGUGAAUAAUUAUUGAAUUAAAUUGUGCUUUUCAUUAACCUGUGAUAUGUAACUAAUGCCAGGACAUGUAUGUGAAUGAUGCUUUGAAUGUUUGUCCUCCAAACUCGGCUUAGUCUUUCUGCUAGUCAGACAUCCAGGACAUUGAACCAGUCUGUAUCACUGAUCUCAAUAUUGGGGAUAGCACAAUGGGAAGUGUGCUUGGUCAGGACCACUGGGUUUAAUUCUCAACAUAGAACCAAAUUGUGGAAAGUGAUUGAUGGUGACUCCUGUCUGUUAAAUAUUUAAGGAACUUAGGAAGCCUUUUUUGUUUAGUAUGCUCAGCUUGUAAUAUACUAACACUAAAUUCCAAAUAGAAUGACGACAAGAGAGUUUGGGCCACAUUGACACAUUCCAAACGAACCAUAUUAUCUGUUGUUAAUUGUGUCAUUUCCCCCAAAUUAUAUGUUUUCAAGAAACUGUUUAUGCAAUGAUUUGAAAAAUUAAGGAUCUUGUGAGGAUGUUGAUGAAAAAAAUUUCAUUUGUUCCAUAUUGAUGAUAAAAGACUUGAGUAUUUUGAAUAAAAGAAUUAUUUCGUCUGCCUAAAUCAAGUAUGGACUUACCACUGACCGUUGCAUCUGGGAGCUGAUCAUCAUUUGGGGAACAUCACUUCUGUGGAUGAUCAUUGAGUAAUUCUGUAACAGAGAAAACAACUACCGGUAAACACAGGCACACUUUCAAGAAAUGAAAUUUCUACUCACCUAAAGUAUACAUUUUGAUUUUUUUGAGUGAGUGGGUGAGUGCAAUAUUUUCCCACCAUAAUAAUAUUAACAUUUUAACAAGUACGACUUCAUCGAGAGGUUUAACCAUAUAUUGAACAGAAGUAUAAAUUGUCUAUCCACAUGGUUUCAGUGUACCUAUUAGUCUUCACGCAGGUAGAACCACACUGUUAUUUGUGGGGAGGAGAUGGUAAGAAACAAUGCCCUCAUCUGUGCAAAAUGAACAACAUUAAUAUAUACUACUCAAAAGAAGUUAAGGAUCACCUGAUUCUUUCAUAUUACUACAGUUAAUCUCUCAUGUCAUGACAAAUUAACUCUACCAUUAUGAAAGAAUCGGGUGAUCCUUAACUUCUUUUGAGUAGUAUACUUGAUUAAGGAUCAUGUGACUUGUCUUAACACAUUUUCUAAUUAAGAUCAAGUAUCAUGUCGAGAGUGCUACAAUCAUUGCUGAGGUAAUAGUUAUAUAACGAGAUGAGAACAUUCACUGUCAAACAUCAGUGAGUGAAUGAGUGAGUGAGUUGGGUUUAACGCCGCUUUUAACAGUAUUCCAGUCAUAUCGCUGCGUGUCAGCUUAAUGUGGGAGGAAAGCCUGAAGUGAUGCAGGUUUCAGAUGUUUACC